UAAAUGACGCCCGCCGCCACCUCAGGUCUUCCGACGGCCGCCAUUUUGGAUCCAGUAACUGUGUGUUAGUGCACGUCUGUACAAUAGUUGUUACUGUGUGCGUAGUUCGCCAUUCGCGCUGAUGGUGUACGGCACUGUACGGAGUACGGACAUGUGUCUCGUUGGAAAGACGAAAAGCUGCAAUGGUAGGCUGCUGUGCAAAACAUUGCAAGAAUCGCAGUGAAAAUGGAUUUCGUAUGUUUCGGUUUCCCAAAGACAAGCAACGAAAACAAGUAUGGCUCGAAAAAUGCGGUAAAAGUAUAGCACCGACUUCGAGGUUAUGCGAGCAUCACUUUGAUGACUCCCAAUUUGAAAACCACCGAGAGGAUAAAUGGCGAAAAUUAAAACCAAACGCUGUUCCAACUAUUUUUAAUGAUAAAAAUUCAACAAUUACAUUCAAUAACCAGUUAGCAGUUGGGCAACAAACUCCUCACGAAAACCUAUUUGAAAAUGAUUAUGUUCAAGACUUUAAUCCGGUGAUUUUAACUAAUUUCAACAGUAAUAUUAGGGAUAAUGAGAACGUUAUCGAUGAAAAUUCACUAAAUGAACAUUUUCCAUCAGCAAAAAUGGUCACAGAUGCAAGCAUUCAAACUGAUGGUGACAGUGACACACUUAUGUUACAAACAAAAUACAUUUCUAAUGAAGAAGGUACUAUCCGACAAGCUAAUGAAAUAAAAUACUUGCAACUGCAAUUAGAAAAAGAGCGUGCAAAAGCUAAUAUGCUAAAGUCGAAAUAUGAAAAUGAAAAAUUAUUACGACUAAAAAUGACAACAAAAAUGAAAUCUUAUAAGAAAAAAUGUUGUACUUUAUCUGAAAAAUUGGAAAAUAUUCCAUUUUUCAAGAAAUUUGCUGCAGGAUUAUCUAAUCCACAUCAACCAAAAUGGUCUCCUGAAUGCUUAAAACUUGCAACACAAAUAAGAUACGCUGUUGGAUGGAAGGCCUAUUUAUAUUUGAAAAAAGACCUUCAGUUACCUUUACCAGCUUAUUCUACUUUAUGCAAACACAUCAAUAAACUUGAUUUCUCUCCUGGUCUGUUAAAUGACGUCCUUUCAUUAAUGGCAAAGAAAAAGAAAACUCAUUCAUCUGCGCUUCAAAGUGAUAGUGUUGUUUUGAUGGAUGAAAUGGAAAUUAAAAAAUCCUUGGAGUAUGAUGUUAGCACAGGGUCAUUUAUUGGACACACAACGUGUGAAGAACAAGCAAAACUAAGCACUACUGUUGUUGUUUUUAUGCUCAGAGGACUAACAGAAAACUGGAAGCAAAUUAUUUCGUGGCAUCUGACGUCUAAAUCUUCAGAUGAUUGUGUAAUGACCCAAUUACUUUUAGAAAUUGUUGAAGAAAUCGAGAAAAUAGGCUUUAGGGUUUAUGGAUUAGUCUGUGAUAUGGGUCCGAAAAAUCAAGCUAUAUGGCGCAACUUAGGAGUAAACGUUUCGAGGGAUAACGUUGUACCGUUUAUAGAUCAUCCCGUACGAACUGGUAAUUCUUUUUAUAUCUUUCCAGAUGCUCCACAUCUUUUAAAAAGUUUACGAAUGGCGUUAACCAAUAAUUCCAUCAUUAUAAUAGCCCGAUCAAUUGUAGAGUCUGAAAAUUUACCAUGUAAUGAAGUACGAUUUAAAUACCUUGAAGAAUUAGUUGCAAUUCAAGAACGACAUAGUGAUUUAAAAUUAGCACCAAAUAUAACAGCUGAGAUUUUAAGGCCUUCUUCUUUUAAUAAAAUGCAAGUACCACCAGCAGCGCAUAUAUUUAAUGUAAGAACUGCCGUUGCUCUAGAAACUUUGAUUGAACUAAAAAUGAUAGAUAAAGAAGCUCAAACUACAGCUUGGUUUAUAAGAAAGGUUCGAGUUUGGUUUGAUGUAAUGAAUAGCAGAUACCAAAGUGAAGCUAUAAAUUUAAGUAAUAAAAACAUAAAAAUAGCUAUUAUUGAUAAUUUUUUACAUUUAAUAGAAAAUAUAAUAAUUGGCAAGUCAUGGAAACCAGUUCAGACGGGUAUAAAAAUAUCAGUUUUAAAUACUAUAACACUCGUGAAUUUAUUAUUUAAAACUGGAUAUAACUUUUUUUUAACCUCUCGCCUUAAUCAAGAUGCCAUAGAAAAUUUGUUUUCGACUUUACGUCGACAUGGAAACGAUAAUCCAACUGCUUUAGAAACUAAACGGUGUCUACGACUGAUUACAUUAUGUCAAUUUUUGGACACUCGAAAAACCAAAAAAAAUUAUGAAGAUGAUAAUGAUGAGCAUUACGUUCAAUUCUUUUUAUCAAAAGAACCAAAGAAAGGAAGAGAUUUAAUUGUGAUUCCGCCAGACGAUUGUAUGUAUUCCCCCGUUUAUGAAAAUACACAAAAUUACACUUAUGUAACCCCAAUAACGAAUAGAUUAGAGUGUAAUAUUAUAAACAACGUACUAGGAAGUGCAAUUUCUUAUGUUUUACGAAAAAAAUACGCUUGUAAUGAUUGUUUAAAAGCUUUUACUGAUGAUAAUGGUCAGUAUUCGUUUUAUACCAAAGCUCUUUCUUUUGGAUUCUUAGAAAAUCCUUCAAAUGGUAUAUUUAACUAUAUUUCUUUAGUUGAAGGUCAUUUGCAAGCGCAUUUUGAUAGAUGUGCUCUGCACCCUCGAUUAUUUGAGCAUUUAUUACAAAUGAUCGAAAAAUGGGCACCUUAUAAAGAAUUAACUAUCUCAAACAUUUGUGCGGAACGUACCAAACCUUGUAAUUUCUUCUACAAUAUUUUACGUCGAUAUAUUCAUAUUCGACAAAUUAUUUUUGUUAAAGAUCAAAAAAAGAAAAUACGUUUAACGAAAAAUAAAUCCUUUGCUUCAAAAAGUGCUCAUAGGCAAUCUAUUAUCUAA